GUUUACGCGGAUUUGUUCAGUAGGGUAGAAGCGAAGACACGACGAGAGUGACGAGAAGGCACGACGGUUAGGAAGGCCGGCAGUGUGACGGGCCGCGUGGUAGGAGGUUGCUGCGAUUCAAUUUCAGUCGAAGCGCGCCAGGCAGACCGAGCGCCAGCAAGAACCGGCUGCUCUCUUUUCCGCACCUCGUGCUUUGCUUUUCGAAUACCAUCGAAUCUCCUGGUGCACGCGCGCACCAUACUGUGUCUCUCUUCGUCUCGUUCCACCACGGUGUAUAUACGUAUGUGAGCCUAGGAUGCAUGUGUGUACGUAGUCAGUAUGAGAGAUGUUGGGUAGUAAACGUAAAGGUGUGUGUGCACGCGACUGAAAGCGGCCCUCCAGCAUCCGAGCAAGUGUUUACGUCGUGCGUGUAAUCCACUACGGACAACCGUUGGUCUAAAACCAGUAUAACCCUUGUGCGUUUUUGAACGCGUUCGAAAAAACCGAUACGUCAACGACCCAUUUUCAUUUGGAAGAGUGACGAGACUCCCGGGAGUGAUCUUUGGCUUCGAUCGAAUCAUAUCGAAUCGAGUUGAAUCGAAUUGAACGUCGCAGUUGAUCAAAUCGAAUCCGCGAAGUCCGUUAACAACAACUGUUCGAACAGAACGAGCGUUCGUGUUGACGAUUUCACAUGGACGACGCGUGUGCAAAAUAUCUUUGAAAAUAAACAGGUAAACGGUGGAUUGACUCGUUAGUGUUUAUGACUCGCGAAGGAUGCGUUUGUUGACGCUGGGAGGAGACACGGUAAACGAAAUUUUUAGUCCAGGGACAUGGACGAUCGAAAGAUUCCUACGUAUUGUACGCGCAAUUCUCGAUCGUAUACUAUAGUAAAGAGUUUUGAUGACUCGCAGAUAGACUUUCGUCGAGUUUUGAUCGUGUAAUCUGUGCGGCCACGUGACACACGAGAUGCGACCGUUUGCCUCCAUGAGAACACGGGGAUAAGGAAGGAGGAUACACGUUUCUCAGGAUGGAAUUCGGAGGCUACAAAGGUACCGGUCCCCGUGUUAGGGUGCGACGACGCGCGGAAUUAGGUAGACGGCUCACCAGGAGGCUAUCUCUGGUCGCGAAAAUGCCAGCUGCCAUUCUUAGCAAAGCGAAUCCACCUGAACCAAGGCCAGUCGAGAUCACGGCGAUUGCGCCUGACAAGACACACCUCACCCUACCUGGUGCGUCUCCCGGAGCUAUUUCGUCCGUGGUUGCUCCCGUGCUAUUGAAGUAUCGGGUCUGCAGGCCACGAUUGUUGCUCGCUGGCUCCAGAGCAGAGAUCGAUCCUGCCGCCGAUGUUGCUCUGUUGCACGGAGAAGUUUUGCUGAUCGAGGACUCCGCGAGACAGUACGAUCCGAUAGGAGAUACGGACAGACGAUACAGAGCUACGGAGAAGCUUCUUCAUGCCGAGGAGGAGUACCACGAAGCUCUGUGCAGCGCGAAGGAGCUGUACGCAAGGCCGCUGGCGCGAAACUAUCCCGAAUUUCACGAUGUUAUCUUUCAGCCGCUCGCCGAUCUCUCGGUGGUCACUUCCGAACAUUGUCAAAGGAUCCGCACAGCGCUGGAGAAUUGGGAUGGCGGUACCUUCAAAUCGGGUGACUUAUUCCCUGGCUCGUUUUGGAAUUCUUACUGGGAAUACCUGGAGAGUUACGGCGAGGCCAGGAGGAUUCUGGACGAGCUGAGAGCAUCCGAGGACCCCCUACUGCACUUUCUUAGUCUUAGGCAAGCCGCGGCCAGGCAUUCCCCAUCCUCGUUACUUCUUCUACCGGUCCAGAGGCUGGCCGAAUACGAGAGGUACCUAGGCCAGGAGGCAAGAAACCUAGUGGAGAACGGAAACGGAAGCGUCGGGAGUGGCGCCGUUCUUCAACGUGGUCAGCUCGAGGGCGAUCUUCAUCGUAUCCAGGAACUCUUUCCUGGUGAUAACCUCCGGCUACACGAACGAGAUGUCCUUACCACGAAAAUGAAGAGUCUGAUCCGCAAGAGGAACGGCGGGAACCCUGGAAGGCUGACGAGAGUGUUGUCGCAGAAAUCUCUAAACGUGUCCAACAACUCACCAGCUCCGAAAUCUCCGCCGAGGACUUUCCUCUUGGAGACUCCGGUACAAUUCACCACGGGUGUACAGUCCCAGGACAGACAUCUUUUUCUCUUCUCCGACCUAUUGCUCAUAGCAAAGGCACGAAGCGGUGGUAACUUUAAGCUAAAACAAUCCGUAAGAAUGAGCGAGCUAUGGCUAACUGCCGGGCAUAUAGAGGAUGUGGCCGAAACGAGCAAAUCUCAGGAAACGAGCUUCGUCCUCGGCUGGCCCACUACGAACGUCGUUGCAACUUUUAUGACUGCUGCAGCGAGGGAUCUCUGGUGGGGACGUUUGACCGAACUCGUACGAGAGGAGAGUAUGAAGGAGCCGCCCGACACGAACAUUCAAGUCGUGUAUCACGACAGUGACACGAACACGGAAUACUGUAAGACGAUUAUGGUGGGAUCCGAGAUGACAGCGGCAGCCUGUGUGAAUUUGGCCACGCGUCUCUUGGAUCUGCAAGGACCUUUUCAGCUGUGGGCCAGAACGUCUGCUGACGAGGCGCCGUAUCCUCUGAUAGGACACGAGAGGCCUUUCGCCGUCAAACUGUCGAAUUUAAGACACACGCUGUCUGCGGAGGAAGGUUUCGAUUUGGAGCAUUGCAACAAAAGUGGACACGAUACGUGCCACUUUAUACUCAGGCCGGUACCAAAAUCGCCGGUAAAGAAGAACAAGUCCAAGAUCACUGGGUUAUUGAGGAGAUCCCUUUCGUUGAACCCGAGUUUGUUUGGAGUCAAUUUAUCAAGACUCGACGAAAAUGGGUUGCCCAAACCUGUGUUGGUAAUGCUCCAGCAAUUAUUCGCCAAGGGACCAUUCACGCAAGGAAUCUUCAGAAAAUCGGCGAACGUUAGAAUCGUUCGAGAACUACGAGACCAGAUCGAGUCUACUGGAGAUCCCAGUUGCUUGGAAGAUGCUCCAAUUAUAGCCGUGGCAGCUCUCCUUAAAGACUUUCUGAGAUCCUUACCGGACCCUUUGCUAACUUCCCACCUGUUUCCUCUCUGGAUGGAUAGCCUGGACACGCCAAAUCCUGUUCAAACUAUUAAAAAUAUUUUAGAUAGAUUGCCCAAAGCGAAUUACACCCUGCUAUCGCAUUUGAUUUGCGUUCUACACCAUGUGGCACGGCGGUCGAAGCACAAUCUCAUGUGCGCCAGUAAUCUGGGCGUGUGUUGUGGACCAAGCUUACUCUGGUCGCCAAAUCCGUCGGUGAAUCAGAGCAGGGCGAUCCCUACACUAACGGAAAUGUUGAUUCGUCAUUGUGAAGUCCUGUUUGGGGAGGGCGUCACGCAACUCUUUGGGGAGGAACGCAGCGACAGUGGAGCCGAAGAAAGCACCGAUAGCCUUCACUCAGGUGGGCUUUCUCUGGACAGCCUGGACCUGACGGAACCACCACGUAAAGACCAUAUGUCUCUUUCAAGAGACUCUGGUCUGACCCUGUCGGAUUGUCAGCUGUUCAUCCCAGAGUCUCCGGUGGGAUCCGAGGACUCUGCCGCGAAUGCAUCGUCAUCCAGCUUCGACAAGUCUCUGACCAAAGAGGACAAGUCUACCAGCAAGUCGUACAUCCGUGUCUACGGUGGAUGGGAAGAGCGAAUGAACGGAUACGCGGCAAAUAAUCAUCACGCGAGCGCCGUUGAGCAUAAUUUCAGGGAGGAGAAGAGCAGCAUCGGUUACCCUAAUCCGAAUUUUCAGAGGCAAGAUUGGCUGAGGGCUCAGCUGAAGAGAACGCCAAGAACAAAGUUGGACGAGCACGAUCAUCGUAAGGACAGGUUCGAUGAGAAGGAUAUCUACGGUAGGGAGUAUCUGAGACAAGAUUCUAUGAAGGAGAACAUGGAGAAUUGCAAGGACAUCUACAGGAGUUCGCAGCUGGACAUAACGCGGGAUCUUCGAACGGAAUACGAAAGAGCUACGCAACAGGACAUCUGUACGGAACGGGUCUCCAUUCAUAAUUCGGAGCAGGAUCUGUCGGGAGACACGACGUUGUCCAGUGACAGAUACGAAUUCAAGAAGGAACGGUUCAACGAGUUCAAGAAGGUCAAGUCGGAAAUGUAUGUUAAUCGCGAGUCACCAGUGUCUCAGAACGGUAGCUACCAUUCGGGAAGCGAUCUGUACGAGUUCAAAAAGGUGAAGAGCGAGAUAUAUGUGAACAAAGAAACGACGCGUACGGAGAGAUACGAAUCUGAGAGUAGCAUCUAUGGAAAUAGGGACAGAACGAGCGAAAUAUACGACUCGAGAGAGAGGAGUGAUUUGUACUCGUUCAAGCAAGCCGAGGCGAUCGAUUUGUACGGUGACGAAGACGACGAAGAAGAGAGAACAUGGCCGGAUACACCACCACCACUACCACCGAGAUUGAGGCAUCUGCCACCGGUACACAUGAAUCUGGAGGACAGACACAAAGUGACGGGUAGGUCAAGGUCUUUACCACCGCCUCCUCCUUAUCGUCCGCCUCCUCAACCUCGUGCCUCGGUUACUACUAGGCACCUAGGAUAUGGAAGAUCCGUCGUCGAUGACGAGAGCUAUGUUUAAUAUGAAACAAGGAGCUAUUAGAAUCGCUCUCGCGUGUAUGUUUGUGUGUACGUGUGUGGUGUACGUAUGAUGCGUCUGUGUGUAUGUUGGCACUUCGGGAGAAUCAAAGAACCGAAAAAGUCGCAGGUCGAGAUCAUGGAUACACGUUGGCACGUGUAUCUAUGCGAUCUCGUUACGACUGAAACUAGUCCAAACUGGAACGCACGUACGAUAUCGGGAAGAAUUGCGAUGUGUAUAAUAUUGAAUUGUAUGCUCACCGAGGAAUGAAGAAUUAUAUAGAGUUGCUUAGUGUUUGUUUCCUCAAAACAAAUCGAAAAAAUUAAAGUAAUUACGUUUAAAGAGAUAUUCGUAAGUCACAAAACGUUAUCGAUUGUUGACGAUUCCUAGCGAUAGGACUUGACUGUUAUACAGUGAUUCAGGGUGCUUCCACGAGCCUUCAUAGGUUUCCCUUUUUCUUUUAAAUUAGUUAUUCAUAUAGAGACAUUUAUUAUUAAGUAUAGAUUGUAGCGGACAAGACUUGCGUCGAGAUGAUAUUAUUCGUAAUUUCUUUUCUUACGCGAAGAAUUUUUGUAAAAAUGGAGAAGAAUGAAAUUAUAUAUAUAUAUACUUAUAUAUAUAUAUAAUGUGUAAAGUACACGUACUAUGUGGAAAAAAAAACACAAUCUGUGCGAUAUUCAAAUGCGAACUGCCGUUUAGAGAGGGAGAAUCAGGCGUCAAUAUCUACGGAACGAAUCCCGAUAAUAAAAUGCAAAUUUUAUUGCAACUACGUCAGAAAAGGCAGAGCGAGGUUCGUUUCCAUUCGUCGUCCUAACAUCAUCUUUUUAAAUACGUUCACAUAGCUUAAGCGCACAUCUCUGUAUUGAUAUGUUCCGCAAUUUCGAGAUUGUCCGACGUUCGCAAACUCGCGCAACAAGAAAACAACAUUGACUGCCCCCUUCCCCCCUAUCGCGUUUCCUCUUGUGUUCUUUGUAUAAUAGAUUCACGUUUCCUUCUUGUCUCCUAACAGGAAAUUGAUUCAUUGCGGAAUAAACAUGACAGUUGAAUAAUUCUUCCUCUCUUUCUCUCUCUCUUUGUUUAUUAUAAUAAUACCAUUUUGUCUUCUAUCUUUUUUUUUAAAACUUAGAACAUAUAAAUCGUAGUGUUUCGUGUACGCGAAUAAUAAAAGGGCGAUUAUCUUAAACUAUAAGAUACACGCGAAAGUUGAACGGAACUGUUCGAUCGCGAUCCAAAUCUUUCGCUCUUCUCUGUAUAUAUUAAUGUAAACUGUAAUCUUUUAUAUUGCUAAACGUAUAUGAUAUACCCUAUGCAAUGCCCGUAAGGUAUGUAUACUUAUCUAAAUUAUACGACAUGCUAUGAGAAGUAAAUAUAUUUCGUAUUUUAUACA